AGGUGCAUGAAGGACACACCAUGAAGGUUCUUCUGAUCUCAGUCUGUCUGUCCAUCCUGGACUUUGGCGCUGCAGAACCAUCACAAGCCCAUUUUAUGAUCACAGUUCCAGCUCAGCUCAUUCACCCCUCCAAGGAAGAAGCCUGCGUUACCUUACUCCAGCUCAAGGGGGCAGUGUCUCUCAGGAUGGAGCUGCACAGGAAUGACCAUCACCAAGUGGUGGCUGAUGACAAGAUAACGACUGAGAGUUUUAGCCACUGUUACCCCUUUCAGGUCCCUGCUGCAGAAGAAGACAAAGAGGUAUGGCUCUUCCAUGUAUCAGCAGAAGGAGACAAUAUUAUCAUCAAUCAGACAAAGAAGCUUCUCAUAAUGGGGGAAAUGUACAUCACCAUCAUCCAGACGGACAAACCGAUGUACAAGCCCGGCCAGAUAGUGAAUUUUCGAGUGGUGACUCUGGAUAAGGAUUUUCAUGCUAAAGACAAUAAGUACCCAUUGGUGGAGCUGCUGGACCCAAAUGGCAACCGUAUUGGCCAAUGGUUGGAUGUGGCUCCCACCCAGGGAAUCGCAGACUUUUCAUUUCGCUUAGCAGAAGAGGUGGAGCUGGGACGGUACAAGAUCAAUAUCCCUUCCACUGAACGUUCAAGCCAAAGCUUUAUUGUGGCAGAAUAUGUGCUUAAAAGAUUUAACGUUGAUAUCCAUAUGCCAGACAAAGUCACUCCGAAUGAUGAUUCCUUCCAUUUGGAAGUCUGUGGCAGUUACACCUACGGGAAACCAGUGCAGGGCAUUAUGAAAAUCGCAUUAUAUCUUAUGGAUAUUCCAUGGUGGAUGGUAUAUUAUGAUAGGGUUGACCCAGAAAUGACUGAGGAGCUUGGGACCGCGCAGGAAAUCCAUGUAUGUACAGCUCUGGAUAAAUAUCUCAUCCCAAUGAGCCACAGUGCCUUUUUCUGACAAUUAAUUUCAGAA